UUAGACAGGAUGGUCUAGAUCUCCUGACCUCGUGAUCUGCCCGCCUCGGUCUCCCAAAGUGCUGGAAUUACAGGCGUGAGCCACCGCACCCGGCUAUUAUUAUUAUUAUUAUUUUUUGAGAUGAGGUUUUGCUUUUGUUGCCCAGGCUAGAGUGCAAUGGCGCCAUCUUGGGUCAUUGCACCCUCCGCCUCCCGGGUUCAAGCUAUUCUGCCUCAGCCUCCUGAGUAUCUGGGAUUACACGCAUGUGCCACCAAGCCUGGCUAAAUUUGUAUUUUUAGUAAAGAUGGGGUUUCUUCACAUUGGUCAGGCUGGUCUCGAUCUCUCGACCUCAGGUGAUCCGCCUGCCUCGGCCUCCCAUGUUUUUAAAAGAUAAAUAUGUUUUGUGUUUUGUUUGGUUAUCUGCUGACCAUUAGGAAUUUGCAAAAUGAAAGACAAAAAUAGGAAACACACAGUAAUUGAAAUGUAUCUUAAAAGAAGUCAAGAUGGAAAUAAAUUCAGAGUGGAAGUGGAAGCAACUGAAGGAACAACAUAACAUGUUGCAUCCUGACCACUCUUUUAAUGAGCGGGUCGAAGACUUUGGAAGAUGAAAUUGUUUGAAGCUUUGGGAACUGAGGUGAAAGAGUCAUUUAUCGGUUCAUUUUUUCACCCGAAACUGUUUAAGAACCAACCAUAUGACACAGAAGAUACAGCUAUUAAACAAAACAAGGAGAUACAUGGUUGGUCAAUGGAAUGAUGGAUGGAUAGAUAAAGCUACUUGAGAUAGGAAUUAGUAUUAAGGUGAAAUAAAAUAAGACAAUGGGGUAGAAAGUGACUGAUAGGGCAGUAUUAGCCAGGGUAGCUAGGGUAGUUAAGUGAAGGCUUUUGAGUCUGCUAACCUGUAAAGGGUAUCUUUCUAAAAAAAGUAGAUUUUCCUUCAACAUUUAAUUUGGUCUAAGUCAAGUAGAACAGAAGCACAGUUAAAACAGAUUAGGAAUGGUCUGGAUCUAUUUCAAUAUUGUUACCUCUGCUUUGUGGAAAGGAUGGGGAAGCAUUUAGCAGUAGGUAGGUAAGGGAACUGGAGAAAGGCUGUUAGCCAUGGUUUUCUCUGUUUUUCAUAGAGAUCGUGAACCAAGUGCCUCUCUCUUGUAUUCAUAUUAUUAACUUGAAGUGAAGGCUUUUUUAGAACUUGUUCCCUUUCCUUGUUCCUAAGGUUCACCCUUGUCCCUCAUCUCCCCUGCCCUGUCAAUUGUGCUUACAUUUCUUACCCAAGCAGUAUGAGUCAUUGCUAGUAGUUUAGUGAAGCAAACAGUUUCUCUUUCUCAGAAACCCAAAAGAAGGGGAGCAGAGUAUCUUCACCAGCUGAAGUUAGAAGUCUUAGAACAUUUUCUCAUAAACACAAUAUUGCACACUUUUUAAAGGGGUAUGAAAUACAGUAUUCAUCACACAGGCAUUUACUGUGUACCUACAACGUGCCAGGUAUUUAAUUCAGGUAGAUCAUGGGUCAAAUCACACCUUUGUUAGGCGGCUGGAGAAUCAUAACUUCCCAAGAAAAUAUUUAGCAUACAUAGCAUACAUAGUCUUCGUUGGGUUAGCAACUGGCUAGAUUCGUGACACAUUGUUACAAAAAAAUAGUUGUAUAAGGAAGUAUUUCAUGAAGGUGACACAUCUAUUUUUUAAAAAGGGAGAAACAGCUAAGAGCUAUUUUUCCUCACACAUUAUGCUUUGUGAAUAGGGAACAACGGUGGAUACACAGAGUAGGUUGGACAAACAUUUUUGAGGGACUGACACAUUAUCUCACAUGCUUGAUGCCUCAUGGGGUUUUCCCUCAACAUUCCAAUUGGUCUAAGUCAAAGCACAAUUAGAAUAGAGCAGGAAGUGUUCUGGAGCUAUUUUAAUCUCCACUUACUUCUGCCUUGUGGAAGGGGCGGGGAAGCCUUUAUCAAUGGGUAGGUGGGAGAACCAGGGGAAGACUGUCGGCUACGAUUUUCUCUAGCCUCAAGAAGACUGAGACCCAGCCAAACUCCUGGCCAACGUGCUUUGUGGAUUCACAGUGUAGCUUGAGAAAAAUGGUUUCCUUCCAAAUUCUCUACCCACACACCUUAAGAGAUUCUGAUACAUCAUAAAUAGAGGGACAUACAUCUUUACAUGAAAACGACAUGGAAGAUUUUCUGAGGGACAUGUGAAUGUGGAUGUGAAGUCAGAAGUUCCUGUGGGCCUGGAGCCCAUCUCACCUUUAGACCUAAGGACAGACCUCAGGAUGAUGAUGCCCGUGGUGGACCCUGUUGUCCGUGAGAAGCAAUUGCAGCAGGAAUUACUUCUUAUCCAGCAGCAGCAACAAAUCCAGAAGCAGCUUCUGAUAGCAGAGUUUCAGAAACAGCAUGAGAACUUGACACGGCAGCACCAGGCUCAGCUUCAGGAGCAUAUCAAGUUGCAACAGGAACUUCUAGCCAUAAAACAGCAACAAGAACUCCUAGAAAAGGAGCAGAAACUGGAGCAGCAGAGGCAAGAACAGGAAGUAGAGAGGCAUCGCAGAGAACAGCAGCUUCCUCCUCUCAGAGGCAAAGAUAGAGGACGAGAAAGGGCAGUGGCAAGUACAGAAGUAAAGCAGAAGCUUCAAGAGUUCCUAUUGAGUAAAUCAGCAACGAAAGACACUCCAACUAAUGGAAAAAAUCAUUCCGUGAGCCGCCAUCCCAAGCUCUGGGCUGCCCACCACACAUCAUUGGAUCAAAGCUCUCCACCCCUUAGUGGAACAUCUCCAUCCUACAAGUACACAUUACCAGGAGCACAAGAUGCAAAGGAUGAUUUCCCCCUUCGAAAAACUGCCUCUGAGCCCAACUUGAAGGUGCGGUCCAGGUUAAAACAGAAAGUGGCAGAGAGGAGAAGCAGCCCCUUACUCAGGCGGAAGGAUGGAAAUGUUGUCACUUCAUUCAAGAAGCGAAUGUUUGAGGUGACAGAAUCCUCAGUCAGUAGCAGUUCUCCAGGCUCUGGUCCCAGUUCACCAAACAAUGGGCCAACUGGAAGUGUUACUGAAAAUGAGACUUCGGUUUUGCCCCCUACCCCUCAUGCUGAGCAAAUGGUUUCACAGCAACGCAUUCUAAUUCAUGAAGAUUCCAUGAACCUGCUAAGUCUUUAUACCUCUCCUUCUUUGCCCAACAUUACCUUGGGGCUUCCCGCAGUGCCAUCCCAGCUCAAUGCUUCGAAUUCACUCAAAGAAAAGCAGAAGUGUGAGACGCAGACGCUUAGGCAAGGUGUUCCUCUGCCUGGGCAGUAUGGAGGCAGCAUCCCGGCAUCUUCCAGCCACCCUCACGUUACUUUAGAGGGAAAGCCACCCAACAGCAGCCACCAGGCUCUCCUGCAGCAUUUAUUAUUGAAAGAACAAAUGCGACAGCAAAAGCUUCUUGUAGCUGGUGGAGUUCCCUUACAUCCUCAGUCUCCCUUGGCAACAAAAGAGAGAAUUUCACCUGGCAUUAGAGGUGCCCACAAAUUGCCCCGUCACAGACCCCUGAACCGAACCCAGUCUGCACCUUUGCCUCAGAGCACGUUGGCUCAGCUGGUCAUUCAACAGCAACACCAGCAAUUCUUGGAGAAGCAGAAGCAAUACCAGCAGCAGAUCCACAUGAACAAACCAGCAAGGCAACAGCUCGACUUUGCUAGGGGAUCACCUCCAGAUGUUCAACCAAAGGGAGACCCUGCCACCCCACUGAGACUGCUUUCGAAAUCUAUUGAACAACUGAAGCAACCAGGCAGUCACCUUGAGGAAGCGGAGGAAGAGCUUCAGGGGGACCAGGCGAUGCAGGAAGACAGAGCGCCCUCUAGUGGCAACAGCACUAGGAGCGACAGCAGUGCUUGUGUGGAUGACACACUGGGACAAGUUGGGGCUGUGAAGGUCAAGGAGGAACCAGUGGACAGUGAUGAAGAUGCUCAGAUCCAGGAAAUGGAAUCUGGGGAGCAGGCUGCUUUUAUGCAACAGCCCUUCCUGGAACCCCCGCACACACGUGCGCUCUCUGUGCGCCAAGCUCCGCUGGCUGCGGUUGGCAUGGAUGGAUUAGAGAAACACCGUCUUGUCUCCAGGACUCACUCUUCCCCUGCUGCCUCUGUUUUACCUCACCCAGCAAUGGACCGCCACCUCCAGCCUGGCUCUGCAACUGGAAUUGCCUAUGACCCCUUGAUGCUGAAACACCAGUGCGUUUGUGGCAAUUCCACCACCCACCCUGAGCAUGCUGGACGAAUACAGAGUAUCUGGUCACGACUGCAAGAAACUGGGCUGCUAAAUAAAUGUGAGCGAAUUCAAGGUCGAAAAGCCAGCCUGGAGGAAAUACAGCUUGUUCAUUCUGAACAUCACUCACUGUUGUAUGGCACCAACCCCCUGGACGGACAGAAGCUGGACCCCAGGAUACUCCUAGGUGAUGACUCUCAAAAGUUUUUUUCCUCAUUACCUUGUGGUGGACUUGGGGUGGACAGUGACACCAUUUGGAAUGAGCUACACUCGUCCGGUGCUGCACGCAUGGCUGUUGGCUGUGUCAUCGAGCUGGCUUCCAAAGUGGCCUCAGGAGAGCUGAAGAAUGGGUUUGCUGUUGUGAGGCCCCCUGGCCAUCACGCUGAAGAAUCCACAGCCAUGGGGUUCUGCUUUUUUAAUUCAGUUGCAAUUACCGCCAAAUACUUGAGAGACCAACUAAAUAUAAGCAAGAUAUUGAUUGUAGAUCUGGAUGUUCACCAUGGAAACGGUACCCAGCAGGCCUUUUAUGCUGACCCCAGCAUCCUGUACAUUUCACUCCAUCGCUAUGAUGAAGGGAACUUUUUCCCUGGCAGUGGAGCCCCAAAUGAGGUUGGAACAGGCCUUGGAGAAGGGUACAAUAUAAAUAUUGCCUGGACAGGUGGCCUUGAUCCUCCCAUGGGAGAUGUUGAGUACCUUGAAGCAUUCAGGACCAUCGUGAAGCCUGUGGCCAAAGAGUUUGAUCCAGACAUGGUCUUAGUAUCUGCUGGAUUUGAUGCAUUGGAAGGCCACACCCCUCCUCUAGGAGGGUACAAAGUGACGGCAAAAUGUUUUGGUCAUUUGACGAAGCAAUUGAUGACAUUGGCUGAUGGACGUGUGGUGUUGGCUCUAGAAGGAGGACAUGAUCUCACAGCCAUCUGUGAUGCAUCAGAAGCCUGUGUAAAUGCCCUUCUAGGAAAUGAGCUGGAGCCACUUGCAGAAGAUAUUCUCCACCAAAGCCCGAAUAUGAAUGCUGUUAUUUCUUUACAGAAGAUCAUUGAAAUUCAAAGCAAGUAUUGGAAGUCAGUAAGGAUGGUGGCUGUGCCAAGGGGCUGUGCUCUGGCUGGUGCUCAGUUGCAAGAGGAGACAGAGACCGUUUCUGCCCUGGCCUCCCUAACAGUGGAUGUGGAACAGCCCUUUGCUCAGGAAGACAGCAGAACUGCUGGUGAGCCUAUGGAAGAGGAGCCAGCCUUGUGAAGUGCCAAGUCCCCCUCUGAUAUUUCCUGUGUGUGACAUCAUUGUGUAUCCCCCCACCCCAGCACCCUCAGACAUGUCUUGUCUGCUGCCUGGGUGGCACAGAUUCAAUGGAACAUAAACACUGGGCACAAAAUUCUGAACAGCAGCUUCACUUGUUCUUUGGAUGGACUUGAAAGGGCAUUAAAGAUUCCUUAAACGUAACCGCUGUGAUUCUAGAGUUACAGUAAACCACGAUUGGAAGAAACUGCUUCCAGCAUGCUUUUAAUAUGCUGGGUGACCCACUCCUAGACACCAAGUUUGAACUAGAAACAUUCAGUACAGCACUAGCUAUUGUUAAUUUCAGAAGCUAUGACAGCCAGUGAAAUUUUGGGCAAAACCUGAGACAUAGUCAUUCCUGACAUUCUGAUCAGCUUUUUUGGGGGUAAUUUUUUUUCAAACAAACAGUCUUAACUUGUUUACAAGAUUUGCUUUUAGCUAUGAACGGAUCGUAAUUCCACCCAGAAUGUAAUGUUUCUUGUUUGUUUGUUUGUUUUGUUUUGUUAGGGUUUUUUUCUCAACUUUAACACACAGUUCAACUGUUCCUAGUAAAAGUUCAAGAUGGAGGAACUAGCAUGAGGCUUUUUUCAGUGGAAUAAACCACACCGUAUCUCGAAGUCCAAAUGCCAAAGGAACCUCACACACUGUUUGUAAUGGUGCAAUAUUUUAUAUCACUUUUUUUUAAACAUCCCCAACAUCUUUGUGUUCUCACACACAGGCGAUUUGCAGUGUUGCAAUUGUGUUGGAGAAUGAAGUCCCCCCACCUCCCAGCCACACACACAUCCCUUGUUCUCAUGACAGUAGGUCUGAGCAAAUGUUCCACCAAGCAUUUUCAGUGUCUUUGAAAAGCACGUAACUUUUCAAAGGUGGUCUUAAUUUGUUGCAUAUCUAUCAAGGACUUAUUCACUCACCUUUCCUUUUCUGCCCUCUAUCAAUUUCUUUCUUCUUACCUUUCAUCAUUCAUUUCUUCCUUUAGAAAAACUGAAGAUUACCCAUAAUCUCCUCUUAUUACUUGAGGGCCUUGACUAUUUAUUUUGUUUACUUUACAGGUUAACACAGUUGUUUUGUCUGAUUGCAUUUUAUUAACUGAAGCCGUUGAAACGAAUAUCACUUAAGCAACGUUGCUAAAUUUCUAUGUGUUUGAAAUGUGUUAAUGAAGGCACUGCUUAUCUGUAGUCACCUUGAAUUGACUUAACCUAGAAGCUGUGCCUUCAUGUGAAAAAAAACAAAAACAAAAAACAGCCUUUAAACAAGUUUCCUUAGUGUCAAAAGUUAAAAAUAAAGGACACUUAUUUCUGAGAUAAAAAGUAACUUACUAAAUAUAAGUAGGUUAUCCUCCUACCUCCUAAAAUUCGAUUUCAACAUAUAACUCAAACACCUAAACAUAUUGAGGUAGAAUAUCUCACAGUAUUUAAUAUCUGACAAUGCUUUUGAAAGAGUUGAUGUUUCUUUUUAUAUAUUUUUCUAACUCAAAGGAUAUAUUAAAGCCAUAAGUGAAGAUUGUCAUGCUUUUAUUCAGAAAUCUGAAAGAAACCUUAAUUAAAACAAGGUUUUAGGGAAGGCCAUGAUAUGAAAGAUAUGGAACAAUAUGGUUUUAGUUAGAGAGGACUCUAACCUGUAAAUCAAAGAUGAAAGAUUUCACUCAAGUAGAAUUAUAUAACUCCCUUUGUUAUACAGUCAGACCAUAUUUUUCAUGCAUUUGGUUUUUUUAGGAUUACCAUUUUAAUUUUAAAGACUUUUAUUACAUAUACAAAAAUGGCUCAAUACUUGGUUUAACUUCUUAGAAAUUUGAGACACCCUUUGAAAUAGGAAAUCUGAAAUGGAAUGUAAGUUAGUAUUAGGUAAAAAUUGCUUUCAUUGCGUAAGGGCAAAUUCAGUCUAGAUUCAUAGUAGUAAUCAAUUUUUUAUAAAUUUUAUUUUCAUGAUAUUUUCAUGAGAAAUUCAUACCAAUCAUAUUUGCUAGCUUAUGUUAUUUUGCAGUGAUUGCUUGAGGAUAUUUACUUAAAAAAAUAGUAGAGCCAAAGGCUUAACAAAAGACUCUCCCCCAUUUUAAAAAGGAAACUCAUGUUUUAAUUAGAAAAAUAGUUGUGUAGUUUUAAAAUCAACUUCAUAAUUAUAAAUCUCUGUCAUUACUUUUUAGUCCUCCCAUAUAUUUUUUAGAUGUUGAAUAAGAAAAUAAAACAGUGUAAUGCAAACAUACUAAUUUACUAAAGUUUCCUACAACAGUUUAGCCACAUGUUUAUGCCAAGCCAUUAAUCUGAUAAAGCCAAAUCACUAGGACGUCUCCAUGGUUAUUUAGAUUUAAAACUUGACACAUUAAUGAGUUAAUCACAUAUACUCCCAUAUGACACCAUACCCAAUUGGUUGCACUUAGAGUCUUUAAGAUACCUGGAGAAGCAAAUGAACUGUGGAGAGGAUUAUUCACAGCUGAAUGUAGUUGUAAGAACAGAAUGCCAUUGCUUUUUGAUUAUACCAUUACAAGAUGGAGCAUAGCCCUGAGGGACAGAAUGGAGGCUUUCAGAAAAUAUCAACACUUCAUUUGAAAUAGACUAGCACUUUUUGAAAGGGUAGUUUCACUUGGUAUAGUUUUUCUUCACUUACACGUUUAAAUUUUAUUGCUCACAAUUGUUCUGAAUGAGAGGCUAGAAGAGUAUUAUCAAUUUUGCAUCUCUUUGUGAUCCUUACUUUGAAGGAAAACCACAUACGCUCUCUCACGGUCUCAUGAUAUCUCAUACAGGGUGAAUAAAAAUGAUUUUUAAUAAAUCUACUAGUAAAUAAUACUAGGAAUUUAAUAAGCUGUCAAACGUAGGUAUAAAAAGAAGGCUUAAAAAUUAAUUUUCCCAAUUGUAUAAUUUGGGGCUGUAUAUUAAACUAAAAAACACAGUUUUAUUAAAUAGUAACCAAAAUGGACUCAAAACCAGAGGCUAUGUUACCAUUGCUUAGUAAAUGGAAAGAACAUUUUGAGAUGAACUAUCUUUAAAUAUUUUAACAAGUUUAUAACAUCAAUAGUGGAGAUAGAAGUCAGCUUUGGAGAAAAUAGAGAUACUUAUGAAAAAACUACUACAAAUCACAUUUCCAUUACCAAUCCUGGGGAUGGAAAUAUUGCCUUCAGUUUUUACUCCAGCCCUACACGACACUCUCACUAACCUUUCACUGACAACAUCAUGGCCUUGAAAGCAGGGAUCUCCUCCCACAAAGGCUUCAGAAAUUACAGGACUGGUCUCUCUUAAUAGUUUAGUCCUGCUUUAUUUCCAAAGGUCAAUUAUAAAGCCUCGUGGAUUUACUGGGUUUCUUUACAGACUCCAUAUGGAAGUAAAAUAGAAUGAUCAUUUGGAAAGUCUCCUGGGAAAAAAUUCCUCUUCAAUCAGCAUUUUAAAACUUUUUUAUUUUUGAGUCGGAGUUUUGCUCUUGGUGCCCAGGCUGGACUGCAAUGGCGCAAUCUCGGCUCACUGCAACCUCCACCUCCUAGGUUCAAGCAAUUCUCCUGCCGAGUAGCUGGGCAUGCGCCACCACGUCUGGCUAAUUUUUGUAUUUUUAGUAGAGAUGGGGUUUCUCCAUGUUGGUCAGGCUGGUCUCAAACUCCUGACCUCAGGUGAUCCGCCCACCUCGGCCUCCCAAAGUGCUGAAAUUACAGGUGUGAGCCACUGCACCCGGCCAAACUUAUUGUUUCAAUCCCAGCAUUUAUGUUUAGAAGAAUUAAUUUAAAUAUUUCUUACUAUUUCCCUGUCGAAUGUCUACUCUCAACUUAUCUCAAUGAAAGAAAUAUUAAAAGUCUUAUGGCCCCAAAAGAAACAAGCCAAACUUUACUGUCUUAAAAGUGAUUCAUUCUGAGCUUGAAACGACUCUGUCACUGUUUGACAUUGUCAUUUCUAGUGGCAUGUGUCUUAACAUUCUUUUCCUGCUUCAGGAAUGAAAUCACUUGUCCUGCUGAGAAAAUAAGGGGAAAACAAGAUAGAAGUAAAAAACAACACACCUGUUGAACUAUUUUCAUAAAGAUGGCAUUUUCACUUUCAAAAGAAAUGAAAACCAGAUGGUCUAUGCUAAGAAGUGAAGGCAUUUUGUUGUCUUCAGAACUGAUCAACAUGGGUCAUGAUCAUUAUCAAAUUUCUUGUUUCCAAAGGCCACUAUUAUAGUACAGUCUCCAGCAGGAUUUUGUACCAUGUGCUGCCUUUGGAAUAAAGUAUUAUAAUGUAUCUUGUCACCUUCAUCAACACGACCAUUAAAUAUGUAAGUUCCUAUGUGUGGCUUCUUUUUCUGGGCAUAUUUGCAUCAAAAAUCACAGUCCUUGCCUCCUUGCUUGCUUUUACUCCAUGAAACGCUUCAUGAAGCAGAGCAUGAUUGUCAAGUGGCCAGAGGAUGACAUUUGUAAGUGAACAUGGUAUACUAACACAUGCUAUACUCAUACUACAUAACUUAGUUUCUCCAAAUCAACUGCAGUGCAUUUUAUCUAUGAUAUUCCUGGCUUCAUAUAAUGGUUUUGUAAAAUACAUUAAAUACAAUUAAGUCCGUUAUUACUAUGCUGGAAAUAACUAGGUCAGACAAUUAAAACUUAGACUUUUGAUUGGGGCUGUUUGGACUUGAUCCAAUGAUAAGGUAAUAAGGUUGUUGCAAUUUCUCAAACCAUCUUAAUUCUCAAACUGAAACAUUUAGCAAAUACAUGGUGAAUCUGGUGUAAACUUACAAUCUAACAAAUAAUUUUCUUUCAACUCUUCUCUUUUUCUGCCUAACAAUCUAUACCAAAUUGCCCAUAUCUAAGCAAUCAAAAGUUUCUGAAAUCUCUGUUUCCUUAGUAGAAAUGACCUUGACAACUUAUUUUCUGAGAUACCACUAGGCCUACUGUCUUUCAUGCCAUUUUAUAUAAACAUUUUGAUAGAUACUCUGUCUGUCUUUGGUUUUUUAUCUCUUCUCAAGAGUCACUUGACUUUUUCAAAUAUUCUUAAAGGAUAGAUUUAGUUAUUGUAUGUUGGUCUACAAUUUUGGACCUGGCAGUUGUUUUACUAAUGCAGAAUUAUUCUUUUUGUUUCAAACAUAGUUUGCCAUCAUCUGGCUACUACCUAAUCAUGUUGUACUAGUUACUGUGUAAAGAAAAUUGUACAUACAUUUCCAUGUCCUUUGGAAGAUGUCUUUGAGUCAAACCCACAAGCAUGAACUCUCACCUGAAGGAAAACUGGAAAACGAGAAACUUUAAAUCAGUAUGUUUUGAAAGGAAGAGAUUUCCAGACUUUUUAAAGAAAAUUGGAAUCGUUUUAUUUUUUUGUUUGGGCCUUAGGCACAAUAGAAGCAAAUGUUGCGAUAUCAAACAUAAUAGGGAGAGUUCAGUGUUUCCUGGGACAUUGUGGUUAUGUCCUUAAUCCUUCAUUGUAAUGCCCCUUCUUGGAGUUGGCAUUUUGUGACAAUUCACAGAGAUCUUGCAGCAAUAUUUGGCUAUUGGUUUUAUUAAAAUUCAACAGAAAUGGAGUAAUUAAAAAAAAAAACAGAAGAAUUGCAAAAUCUGAAGUGGAAUGGCACUUUCUUGGGUAUGUAAGGGUUGUUUUUAGAUAAAACUCCCGAUUUGUUCUUCCUACACUUUAAUAGUCUCAAGUUCUUUCUGGGGAAGCAACGUCAGUGUCUACCUCCACAAUAACUAUGAUAUAGGAAAUUGUCCCUUCAGCGGUUUCUAGGUAUAACAAACAAGCCAUUAAAAAUGAGUGACCAUUUUGUAGGUUACAGCCUCAGCAAUCUGUGUCAUUUGAAAGCAAAUAUCCUGAUAUUUUUAAAUAAGGUAGGCAGGGCAGGCAGGAAACCAAUAUUUAGUACUUUUGUGAUUAAACAUUUUAGACCAGGCUUGUUGAUAUGUAUGCCAGUAGUCUAGAAUUUUUGGCUUAGUGUAAAAUAAAAAUGUCUUUUCUAUUGUGGUCUGAUAUCUGUUUCUGUAAUAAGAUCAGUUUGUUGUCCUCUGUGCACCAGUGGUUUUGCCCUUAAUUUUUUUUGGCUAGCAUCACCAAGAUCUGUCAUCCAGAGCUGCUGAGAAAAAUACAUGUUGCCAAACUUUUCUUAAAAUUGUGCUGCCAGUGGUAUUUUCCCAGAUGUGAAAAAUAAUAAUCUAAUAAAGGAUUAAUAUCUAAUAACAAUACCAUUGUUGAACAUGCUCAUGGAAUGUCCACCUUCUUCUGAUUCCUUUUUUGUAUUUGAAAAUGCAAUGCUGUGUUCCAAAUUAUUGUUGGUGUUGUUAAUGUCAUGACUCUCCUUUGAAGAGAAUAAAAUAUCCCCUUUUGUUUUGUGUUUUCUACUGAAUUAGAUUUUCCUCUAGUCCUAUGUGAAUAAAAGCUAUUUGAAAUAAAAGUGUUCUUAUUUUUCUAUGUCCUUGGUGCCUACCAUUAGACUCUGGAUAGCAGAUAUUUGACGAAUAUUUGUUGGAUAAAUAAAAUAUUAUGAAUUAUGAAUUACCACAAAAUGUACUAUUCCAUUUUCAAAAAAAAAAAAAGAUUUACUUGUGAGUAAGUCUCCCUUAAAAUAACGUGAAAAUUCACAAAAGAAGAAGUAAAUUAAAACACAGUUGCUAUUUGAUUGUAGCUUGAUGGUUAGAAUAAAGAACAAUAAUAACUACCACUGA